GAUAUAUUAGCUCGAUGGACGCAGGCCGGGAGAAGGCCAAGGCAGCGAGAACUGCUUCUUCCUCUCACUCAGCUAGUUCAAGGGAAACAUGGGUGGGUCGAGCAACGUGAUGCCCGUCAUUAGCAAGAUCUACUGCUCCUCCUCGCCCACGACGCUGACGGUGAGGAAGAGGCCUCACGUCAUCAAUGGAGGUGGCUUUGUGGUGAUGAACGCCAGCCAUGGUGCGGUUUUCGUGGUGGAAGGUUGCGGAAUCCUCGGAGUCAAGGGGGAGUUGGCGUUGAAGGACGGUGACGGAGGGCUGAUACUCUCCAUCAGCAAAAGGGGAGGAAUCGCCCAAGCUCUGAGCACCCGCCGCAGAUGGAGCGGGUACUUGACGGACUUCGAGGGAAGGAAGAAGUCGGUGUUCAGCUUGACGGAUCCCAAGUGCCCGAUGAGCAACGCCAUCAGGAUCCAUCUUGAAUCCAGCGGACACAGCGGAGGCUGGGACUUCCAAGUUCACGGGUCCUUCGUCGACAGGACAUGCACCAUCGAGGAUUACAGCGGAGACAUCGUUGCGCAGCUCGGAGCGACGGACAUGGUCGGCGGCAAGGAGUUGUACCAGGUGACGGUGCAGGCGGGCUACGACCAAGCGUUCAUCGUUGGGGUGCUUGCCGUCCUCGACAACAUCCACGGGGAAUCCACUCGGUGCUGAUGAAGAUAACAUAAGCCUUUCCUCGUUACUGCUAAUUAGAGAUAGAUGAGAAGAAGCUUCUUGACAUGGUUGCAUGUAACAUCAUAAAACCAAUCAUGACUUACUCUUCUAGUCUUCAUUAUCUUUUA